AUGCGCCGCCAGGGGCACCAGGUCGAGACGAAGAGACGGCGCGCGGCGCCAGUGCGGUUGGGUCCUACUCGCCGCUCAGCAGAUCUAAUACGCGCGCCUCGGAGCGGCGCGCGAGUCACGACUGCGCGGCGCCGCCGCCGCGCCCGGGCCAUCCGCGCCAACCCGCACGCGCGCCGGCGCGGGUCGACAGCGGGCUCCGACCCGCCCUCGGCGCGCGGACGCCAGUCUGCUGCGCCGACGGCUGCCGGGUACACGUCGCGGGAGCGACUUCCUUCUUGGGCGUUGCGUGGCACUACUCACGAUCUCGUCGUCGGAGGCGGCGGCGUCCGGGAAGGGCAGGAAGAUGGCGCGAGCGCGCUGCGUCGCGUAGUGGAACCUCGCGCCGCGGCCGGGGCCCAGCAGUCGGACGGGCGCGGCCGCCAUCUUGGGCCCCGCGGGCGCCAUCUUGGACCCUUCGCUCAGCAGCCGCGCCGCGGCGCCCAGGGCGUCCCGCGCUUCAAGCUGGCCGCUCGCCGCGCUCCAAGCCUUUUAAAUAAAGUUGUUGCUGGAUUAGUUGAGGUUUUACCAGAGCAAUUGCCGCCAGAAUGUCAAAUGAGACUUGUUUUUCCAUUCCCCAAAAAAGAUUGCCUCAAAAUGAUAAAUAUUGCGAAGAAUUGUAAUCGAAAGAUAAUGUUGAAGAAAAAACUACGAAUACGUAUUCAGAUACGGACCAUGACCUUAGCAAAUAUGAAUCAUGUGCUGCUGAGCGUAGUGUUGCUGCUGCUGGCGCUGGGGGCGGAAUCACGUUCAAAAGGGGGCAGAAGAUGGGGCGCUCGGGGAGGCAGCUCCAACAAGAAGAGUGAUGUUCUAAUGUCGUUUUUUGGUAGCAGAGGAUCCAGCGACACUGGAAUGACAGAUACCACCACAACAGAAGACUCCAACAGAGAGUCAUCUGGAAACACUGAAAACCCUAAUAUUGGACGGAACAUCCAAAACACAAAAAUAGAUUUCAACAAAGCCAUUGACGACUACUACAGAAACAAAAAGAAGCAAGGGCUAAGAUAUAAUUUGGAUACAGUUUCCAGCAAUUGCGAAAAAGAGUUCGGUGCAUUAUCUGCCUGUCGUUCUCCUCGCAAGCGCAAGUCGGCUCCCCGAGCCUUCCGAGAAGCACUGGAGGCGCGUCAUCGUUCCCCGAAGGUCGCGGUGCCCCUGCGGAAAGCGGCUGCCGGCCAGGCAGUGCAACGCAGCGGGCAGAGAACGCAACAAGUGAGCCGCAGUCGAGACAUGAAGCCCUGGGCGGUGCUGCUGAGCGUAGUGUUGCUGCUGCUGGCGCUGGGGGCGGAAUCACGUCCAAAAGGGGGUGGGAGAGGCAGCAGCGGAGGGAGCAGAGGAGGGAGCAGAGGAUGGGGCAGACGAUGGGGCGGAGGAGGGGGCGGAGGUUGGAGCAGAGGAAGGAACAGAAAAUGGGGCUCAUCAGGGAUCGAUUGGGGAAGCAGCACGUGGCACAGCCCUUCAACCACAAGCAACGACUACUUCAAUAGCAAGAGAUGGGGCUCAUCUGACAGCAGUGAAAACACAAACUUUGAUAUCGACUUCGACGACCUCAGCAAACAAAUUGACGACUACUUCGAGAGGCUCAGAGAAAUCACUAGUAAUCUAAAGUACGAAAAUGACCCAAACACAAACACCAGUCGUAUCGCCAACAUGCGAGACUACUUCAGGAACAUGACUGAACUUUAUGAGAGUAUCGACUUCAAAUUCGGCCCCAAAAAACCUACUAGCAGCAGCAAAACAGAGGACGAUUAUUCCAGAAGGCUCUCUGGAACUACUGAUAUACCGGACUCUCGAAACUUACAAAGCAGCAACAUCGGUAGCAGCCAAGAUCUUGACAACAUGCCCAGCCAAAGCAGCAACACCGGUAGCAGCCAAGAUCUUGACAAUUUGCCUAGCCAAAGCAGCAACACCGGUAGCAGCCAAGAUCUUUACAACGUGCCCAGUCGAAAUAGCAACACUGAUAGCAGCAAAAACGUUGACGAAUUGUACAGCUGGCUUGCGGCGGCGGCGGGCCCCCGACCCAGAGCCGAGGGGCUGUCGGCGCCAGAGUUCCACACCUACAACCGCCGGCCGGGCUGGCGCGGAUCGGUAGCAGACUUCUUCGAGGCUUCGUCAGAAGAAGAUGGCCGAAUGGUUGUAGAGAUGGAACAUCGAGAUGACAACGAGAAGCCCAAGUGUGUCGACCCGUCUUGCAGUUCCGAAGUAUCUUGCCUAGUUUUAUGUACACCUGUUGCUUGUACACGCACGGAUGAACUGCCAUGCAAUUUUACUUGCUUUGCGACUACAUGCACCAAGACUGAAGUAAUGUUAAACUCUGCCGAAACGACCAGUAUUUGCGAUGGAGAAUUCACAACAAACGGGUCCUGCAAUCCAACAAAACGCGUAGUGGAUUGCAACGGGUUUGGAGCGUCGUGCAAUUUCACCUGUUCUGCCAUUCCUUGCUCCACUACAGGAGGAUUCUGUAAUUUCACGUGUCCGUCAGUUCCUUGCAAUACGGGAGAAAGUUCGAGUUGUACAUUGCUUCGACUAAAUGUGACAAAUGUAUUCGAGAAUCAAUCUUCUAGUAACUUUACAUGUUCAGUUGAUUCUUGCGAUAACACCGAACGUUCUUGUAACCACUCAUGCACCGUUAUUUCAAGUAACAGUUCUGAAUCAGGCCAACCUACUGAAGAAGCCGAUGAAGUAACAGAAGAUUUUGUACUUACAACCACGGGUGUACCAUCUGAGGAUGUCAGUUUCUUGAGUCAAGACCUUAUAGAAAACACCACGCUCAGCUCAAUAGAGGAUACUAUUACGGAAUCAACUUAAUUUCUCUUUGCCAAAAAGAGUUGUUAAGGAAAUUGUCUCAAUAUUCUGAUAUAAGACAUACUGAUAUGACAUAAAUAUUUCAUAACUAAACAUUGAUUGUUUACAAACAAAAUAUAAAAUAAGGGAUUUGUAUUUGAUAGUGUUUCCCAUAAGUUUACCAAACCUUCAGUUCCAGAAAUAUCAGUAGGUCGUUAGUGCAUUACUUCUUAGCCAUUAUAUUUAAAGUCACUUCAAAAAUGUAAAUUUAUACAGUUAGAUAUCUACAAAAUUGUAAUAAAAAUAUUUUAUUAUAUUUUGUAUACCCAUUGUGAAAAUUGUUUCUGAUGAACUUUUUUUCAAGAUGUUAUUUGCGAUGCAGUUUCUAACAAAAUAAAACACCAAACGUUAGUUUAAUGGUUUAACGUAAGAUUAAUAAUAAUGAGCACAUGGAAUAUGCUCAAAUGUAAUUUGGUGAAAAUAUUCCUGGUUUUUAAUUCACCAUUGUAUUAAUUAUUGUAGUGAAAUUAUUUCAAGCAUUGUCAAAAUUGGUAAUAAGUAAUUUUUGAAAGAAGAUAAAAAAGGAAAAGACAAUAUAUAAGCCAUUGAGUAUUAAACAUAAUAAUAAACAUUAUUUCGCAAUAUUUAAUUGAUUAUUACCUAUACUAUACUACUUUCAGAUGAAUACACGUUAUAAUUCCUGCUGAUGGUGCAAUUAGUCUCAUUUGUACAACAAUGUUCAAAGAGCCCAGGCACAGACCACAAAAAACACGUACGUGUUACUUACGAAUUAAUUCAGCCUUCGACACAGUAAAACAUUUCAUCUUACGAAAAGACUUAUUUGAAAAUUCAUUGCCCUGUGAGUGAUCACUUUCCUCUCGGAAAAUUAAAACUCCAGGAACUCGGGAAGCCAAGCUAAGAUACGCCAUCGUCGACAACAAGUAUUUUGAAGUCGCGUUUAGGGGUGAAGUAAUUGGUCUGAAUCAAGUUUAAAACCUUCAGAAAGUGUGAAUGCAAAGUGGAUGGAUUAAAAACAAGUUGUGCAAAAAUAAAUGGAUUGAAAAGACAACAAAACAUUGCAUUUGUUUAAUGAACCUAUGAAUGUUAAAACGCGGGUUUUAACAAAAGAAUCCACUGCUGUUUGAAAUGGACGGCAGGAAAUAAUACAAAAAAUAAAUAAUUAAUACUCUUAUGUUGUAGGAGAACCAGAUCUCAGUAGAUAGAUUUCAUUUAAGAACUCAUAAACUGUCUUGUUAAAAUAAAUUUGACCAUGAAAGGAGAAAACUAUAAUUAUCAUCCACUUUUAUAUGAA